AUGAAGCCGAUAACUACCGCUGCCAUUAUUGCAAUUUUGGCAUCUCAGGCCCACGCCUUCAAUCAUGUGUGGUAUUGGUGUGGCAAGUCUACUACUACGUGUGAGAAUGAGGGAAAGCCGUGGAAUGGAGUUUAUCCGACCUACGACUGCGGACAUAAAUUAAAAUGGGACAACUAUCGGCAAGCUUAUGGAAAGUGGUAUCAAAGUACGGAUGAGUGGGACGACUGGGAAAAGAAGGGCGGGUUUAAAGACUGCUGUCAUGCGGCUGGGAAGGGCGCUUGCUACAGUUAUCAAGAGGAGAGAGUAGACAGAGAGACUCUGCUAUCUGCUGUCACCAUCGCAUGCUUUUCUGAACCCGGUUCUACGUAA